CACACUGGCUGCUGCUGCGUUUCCAAGUGUAAAUGACCCACUUGUGCCAAGAGCCACCUGGGCCCGGCAACUCCGGAUCUUAGCUGUGGGAACAGAGGGCCCGGCAGAGAGAGUUCUCAGUCGCUGGCCAUUCCGGGUGCGUGCGGAGUGCGCUGCGUUGCCAUGGGCUCUGCGGCUCUGGUGAGCGACUGCCCCGCAGCAGCCCCAAGCUGGAGCGGCCUGGGCAAAGCUCUGGACUCGACGCCUGGGGAACCGUCGGUGUCCUGCCCAGUCCUCUCAGGCUCUGUGUCUUUAAAAAGCCAGUGGCAGGUGGGCCAGACGCAGUGACCACAGCCUGGUCAGGCGAGCGUCCUUCGCAGGGACAGAGGGUUGUGAAACUGGAGCUCCGGGCCGGUUGCCAAAGCGCGAGCUGAUGGCUGCUGCCAUGGUAACGGAGCGGGCGGGGGCACCCUCCUCGGCCUUGCGCCCCGGGAGGUUGAGACGCACCGGUGACCUGGCCCGCCCCGCCCCCAGGCCGCGGCCGCCCAGCCGAGACUGACCCUCCGCAGCUCCUGUAGUCACGUGGCGCUGGGAACCCGGAGAGGGGGAGGUUGGGGACGGGCCUGGCAGUUGUGAACUCGAACCUGCCGCUGUUGCCGCGGCGUGGCGGGGAGCGGGCCGUAGAGGGCGGCCUGGGGCUUCAUGGAUCGGUGCCGCGUCCCCGCAGGGCACGCGGGAGAGCAGAGAAAGACCUGAUGCUGGAACGGCGCUGCCACAGGGGCACCAUGGCUAUGGGCCCAGCCCAGCCCAGCCUCCUUUCUGGGCCCUCCCAAGAGUCCUCUCAGCCCAACAGAGGGCUGAAGCACCAGGGCAAGUCAGUAACUCAGUCAGGAGGCCAAGUCCCAGGCCAGGUCCAUCGUUGUGCCCACUGUCGGAGGCGAUUCCCGGGCUGGGUGGCCCUGUGGCUUCACACUCGGCGUUGCCAGGCCCGGCUGCCGCUCCCCUGCCAUGAGUGCAACCAGCGCUUUCGCCACGCCCCCUUCUUAGCGCUGCACCUUCAGGUUCAUGCCUCUGCCAUCCCUGACGUGGGCUUCACCUGCCACCUCUGUGGGCAUAACUUCCAAGGCUGGGUAGCGCUAGUACUGCACCUGCGGGCUCACUCAGCUGCAAAGUGGCCUAUCAUUUGUCCUGAAUGCGACAGGCGCUUCUGGCGACAAAAGCAGCUUCAAGCUCACUUGCGGAGGUGCCAUCCCCCUGCUCCUGAGGCCAGGCCCUUCAUAUGUGGCAACUGUGGCAGGAGCUUUGCCCAGUGGGAUCAGCUGGUUGUUCACAAACGUGUGCACGUUGCCGAGGCCCUGGAGGAGGCAGCAGCCAAGGCCCUGGGUCCCCGGCCCCGGGGCCGUCCCGCAGUGACUGCCCCCCGACCAGGUGGAGAUGCUGUUGACCGGCCCUUCCAGUGUGCCUGCUGUGGCAAGCGCUUCCGUCACAAGCCCAACCUGAUUGCCCACCGCCGUGUGCACACUGGCGAGCGACCACACCAGUGCCCAGAGUGCGGGAAGCGCUUCACCAACAAACCCUACCUAACUUCCCACCGGCGCAUUCACACUGGCGAGAAGCCCUACCCAUGCUCAGAAUGUGGCCGCCGCUUCCGCCACAAACCCAACCUGUUGUCACACAGCAAAAUCCACAAACGCUCGGAGGUCUCAGCGCAGGCACCCCCCGGCACAGGGAGCCCCCAGAUUGCAAAGGAGCCCAUGGUGCAGCCUGCACUAGGGGCUUCCCUGGGGUCCCCGCUGGCCCCGGCCGAGGCGUCUGUGCCCUUGCACCACUGUGCGGACUGUGGCCGCAGCUUCCGGCUGGAGCGCUUCCUGAGGUUGCACCAGCGACAGCACACAGGCGAGCGGCCCUUCGCCUGCCCCGAGUGUGGCAAGAACUUCGGCAAGAAGACACACCUGGUAGCUCACUCGCGCGUGCACUCAGGUGAGCGGCCUUUUGCCUGCGAGGAGUGUGGGCGCCGCUUUUCACAGGGCAGCCACCUGGCAGCGCACCGGCGCGAUCAUGCGCCAGAGAGGCCCUUCGUGUGCCCCGACUGUGGCAAGGCUUUCCGCCACAAGCCCUACCUGGCUGCACACCGGCGCAUCCACACUGGCGAGAAGCCGUACGUGUGUCCAGACUGUGGCAAAGCCUUCAGUCAGAAGUCCAACCUAGUGUCGCACCGGCGCAUCCACACGGGUGAACGGCCCUACGCCUGCCCCGACUGUGACCGCAGCUUCAGCCAGAAGUCCAACCUUAUCACACAUCGGAAAAGCCACAUCCGGGAUGGCGCCUUCUGCUGUGCCAUCUGUGGUCAGACCUUUGACGAUGAGGAUCGCCUCUUGAUGCACCAGAAGAAGCACGAUGCCUAGGAGGGGCGGUAGGCCGAGGAGAGCAGGCCUGGAUGUCCUUGGCAACAGUGUGGCAGCGGGCCCGUGUGGGGUGCCUACACUGACGCUGCUGAAGGGACAGGUGGGGAUCCCAGAGGGACAGGGGAGGUGGAGUGAGUGAUCUGGGCUCUGUUUAGGAAUGGAGUUUCCCCAGGGGGGCAGGGAGCCGAUUUUAGAAUGCAGGGGCCUGGCUUUGAGCUAGCCGGUCCCCAGCUAGGUUUUCUAAGGGUCAACUCAGACUGGCCUGUACCCUGGAAAAGUAGCAAUAGCAGCUCCAUCUACCCUUUGAGUCCUUGGCUAGAGGAGCCACCAGUGGGAAGGGAACCACUCCAUCCUCUGGUGUUAACGCCUUAAUGUCCCAGUCUUUACUAUGAGUUACUUCAGGUCAUUUUUUUGGAAGUAGGUGUGGUAUAGUCAUUAGUGAAUGAACCCUGGGGCAGGGAAAGUGUGCCAGCUGGAUACACCUUGGCGAACCUGCUGGCCUUGUUAUACAGCAGGACAGGUGAAGCUGAGCUGUUUCUUCUUUUUCGACUAGAACCCGUCUGCAAUGCCUCCUGCAUAGGUACCCAGAUGUGUAGUGCCCCGUCUAUGGUUAGCAACUCCAUCUACUCCUUGCAGGUUAUCCUUCCAGGACAUUUAUCUACUCCUUCACCUGCCUGGCUUUUUUUGCCUUCUCUCCCCGAGUAUAGGGCCUCCCUGGUGGUUUUGUUUAAACCCCUAGCCCUCCCCAACUCUCUCCAGUGCUUCAGGAGUUCUGGGAAAGACCAGCCCACAAAUGCUGAGGGUUUGACUGCAGGGAAGGUCCUGGGUAGAUUUCCUUUUUAAGGUUUCCAGGUUGUGGAUGCCAGGCUCUACCCGUGCACCUGGUGCUGGCGAGCUCUUACCACCAGAUGCACUAGUUCUAUGGUAGGGUGUUCUAAUGGUUAGAAAUCCUUACUUAAAAUGAUUGGAUUCUGCUUUCCUAUGAUUUCUGCCCACUGGGUCUUGUUUUGUUCUCUGAAUCGAAACAGAACAGCCAUUUACCCUCCUUUUCAAACUAGAGAAUAAAGAUUUGGUUUUAGAACUA